AUGUCCAACGACACCAGCCUUCUCAGUGUCUGGGAGGCCCCCGAUUGGGUAGACACCUCUCAGUGCCCGCCCUCGGUAGGUGGGGCGACUUUCUUGAUCAUAGCAUACAGCGCUGUCAUAGCAAUCGGUUUGCUGGGCAAUGCAGGCCUGGUGUUCAUCAUCGGCCGGCAACAGGAGUUGCGUAACGUCACAAACAUCCUGAUCGCCAACCUGUCGUGCUCUGACAUCCUCAUGUGCGUGGUGUGUCUGCCUGUUACCGUCAUAUACACACUGAUGGACCGCUGGGUGCUGGGAGAGGCCCUGUGUAAGGUGACUCCCUUUGUUCAGUGCAUGUCAGUGACAGUCUCUGUCUUCUCCUUGGUGCUGAUUGCUCUGGAGCGUCACCAGCUGAUCCUGCAUCCUACCGGCUGGUCUCCCGCCGCCGGACACUCCUACCUGGCCGUAGGGCUGACGUGGCUGGUCGCUUGCUUCAUCUCGCUGCCCUUCCUCUCCUUCAACAUCCUUACUAACGACCCCUUCCAGAACAUCAGCCUGCCCGCCAACCCCUUCAGGGACCAUUUGAUCUGCAUGGAGCUGUGGCCCUCAGAUAAGCAUCGUCUUGCCUACACGACCUCGCUGCUGGUCUUCCAGUACUGCCUGCCACUUCUGCUGGUGCUCCUCUGCUACCUCAGGAUCUUCUUACGCCUGAGACGACGCAGGGACAUGCUGGAGCGAAGCAGGAGGACUCGGGGAGCCCAGAGGAUUAACGUCAUGCUGUUAGCCAUCGUGAUUGCCUUCGCUCUGUGCUGGCUGCCGCUGAAUGUCUUCAACACGCUCUUUGACUGGCACCACCAGGUCCUGCCCGACUGCCAGCACGAUGCCAUCUUCUCCGCCUGCCACUUAACAGCGAUGGCCUCCACCUGCAUUAACCCCGUGGUGUACGGCUUCCUCAACAGCAACUUCCAGAGGGAGCUGAAGUCGACGCUGCAGCGCUGCCAGUGUGGCAACCGGGCAGCGGAGAGCUACGAGAGCUUCCCUCUCUCCACUGUGGGCAGCGAGGGCAUGACGAAAGCCACCUCCCUCAACAGGAUGGGAUCAGUGUGCGUUCCCUCACCCAGACCUGAGUUCAGCUCAACAAUACCAGCGAAAACAAUACCAGCUAACACUUAAUAAUGGGCACUACCAAACAUGCCUGACAAGUGGCUGGCAGGCAAAUGGCUUGUGAGUGGCUGACAGCUGGAACAAUGUGUAACAGACAGAAGAGCUGUCAGGGACCUCUGAGCAACUCAAGUACUGCUUACUUCAUUUCCAUUCAUUCCUGCAAGAGUAACACACCGUAUUUCACUCGGGCUGAAUGUUUCAGGGGCAGGAAAGGAUGCGGAUGGAGGUUGGCUAAUGUAGCUUCAAGUCCAGAACAUGAGAAGCAAAAUCUUGUAAAGUUUAAGGGACAUGUAGAGAAAGCAGAAGAGCUGGAAGAACUGAUCGCUAUGGUAAGGCUGACUUGUUUUAAAAACAACAUCCAUGUAAAAGGGUCUUAAAUAUGGACUUGAUGUCAACAUACGUGAGAUUGUGCUAAAAGAUUAAGGCUAAAGCUAACAGGGUCCAGGUUAAAGAAGUCAAGUUGAUACAG